UCAGCCAAGUUAUUAUUUUUUAUUCUUUAUUUUUGGACUUUACUGGAAAAGCUUCCGGAUUUGUUCCGGUUCGUUAAAGCCGCGUCGUAAUAAAUCUAGCUAGCUGUAAGCCUUUAUUAGCCUCUGCUAGCUCCUCAGCGUGUUAGCCUGCUAAGCUAAGCCUGCUAACAUGAGUUUAUAAGGAAAAUAUUUACUUUUUAAAGCUCCGUUUGAAAGACGUCUGUUUGUCGGUAUUAAGUGAAGAUGGAGAAAAACCUGAUAGAGAAAAAUGACCAGAAAUCAUCAGCAUCACAGGAGGAGGAGAUGGAUGUUGUCAUGACAACGCCUCUAGAUAAUCCCAUUGUGAGUCCUGACAACAGCACUCCAUUAGUCACACAAUCACACCCGGAGACGGGAGAUGUGCAGACACACCUGGCAGCUACAACGCUCCCUGAGAAAUGUGAUGAUGAAGAAUUGUUGGAAAUACCACUAACAUCUCAAAUGGACAAAACCCAGCCAGACUUGACAGACCUGAAGUCAUUGCCAGAGGAAGAUGAGAUGGAGGUUGCCAUGACACCUGUGGAUAAUCCAUCAGUCACACAAACGGGAGAUGUUCAGACACAGCCGAGGGCUGUGACACUCUGUGUGGACGCUGUGUGUAGGACUGAGGACUGCGAUGAUGCAGAUUCAGAGGACUCUGACAGUGACAGUUCUUCCUCUUCCUCGUCUUCCUCCUCCACUUCCUCGUCCUCCUUGUCUCCAUCUCUCCCCGUGUUUGAGGAUGAUGAUGAAGGGUUCAGCCAACCAGCCCCAAUUAAAGCUAGAGAUGAAGUCUUGCUUGAGGAGCUUCCAGCUGUGGAGGAAGUGUCUCUGAUUUUACCAGAAGAAGCGGAGCUGCAGCCGGUGGGAACAGUUUCCAGCAUUGUACAGCAACUUGUCAUCAUCCAGUCUCUAAAGGACACGCCUCCUCUAAACGAUAACAGCAUCAUCUUCAGAUCCGAUAGGCUGGCUGUAGGAAAGGUUUUCGAGGUGUUCGGCCCCGUGUCCAGUCCUCUCUACAUCCUGCGCUUUAACUCUGUGGACCAGAUCAGCAACAAGGGUCUGACAGAGGGUCUGACUCUUUAUUAUGCUCCGGCCAUCAAAGAGUUCACAGAGUACAUCCUCACACAGCAGCUCAGACUUCUUAAAGGAUCUGAUGCCUCCUGGAAGAAUGAUGAAGAACCACCUGAAGAGGCGUUAGAUUACAGUGAUGAUGAAAAAGAGCAAGAAGCAAAGAGGAAAGUAAAAAACGGCAAAAAGAAGAAGGAAAAUGGCAAUUCAGAUAAUCCAGCUCAUUUCCCUCAGCGGCAGAGGGAAGGGGUCCAAGGUUUCAAGAGACCUGCAGGACCUCGAGUCCGGAACCAGAACUCAAGAAACACCUACCCAGCGCACACACCCACAUACCCACCACCUGGACAAGCUAAUGCCCCUCCCAUGUACCUCCCCCCUCCCUGCCCGUACCCUCAACCCUCUCACCAUUUCACCCCACCCAGCUUCCCUCUCUACCCUCCUCCAUCUUUCUUUAAUCCAGCUUUCUCUUCUCCUUUCUGGCCUCCAAACUCUGUCCCGUUUUCCAGUUUCCCUCCUCCUCCUCCUCCUCCUCCCCCUCCCCCACCACCACCACCUCAGUGAUAAACUGGGUAAGAUGUGUAAUUUUAGGUUUAUUUGGACUAAACCAUGAUGUUAACAGGCAAAGCUUCAUAACAUUUCCCAAACCUGCUGCCUUGUAAACACAUCAGGGGGGGGGGGGGGGGGGGUAUACACAAUAUUAUAUAGAAGAUAAAACAUCCCAGCACUCCUUUCAAUCAUUUCUAUUUUCCAUGAGGGUCUUCAUGUCACAGAAGCAUCUUCCAGUUCAGAUUAUGUUUAGAAGUAUCUCCUCAUGGCCGACCGCAUAUAACCAGUCUCUACCGACAUGGUUAUUCAUUUAUAAGCCAUGCAUCAUACCCCUCCUCCUCCGCCAUGCAUCAUACCCCUCCUCCUCCAGCUUGGAUGAUUCCUCAUCACCUAGAUUGUCCAGGUUCCUGGAAUCUGAUUGCAUCUGAGGUUCAGAUGCACACAGACCAAAACCCUUAACCUGAACUGGAGCCUUACCAUCAGAUGGAUGAGUGUGAGGAAAAUAGUUCGCAUCGCUGCAGAGAUGUUGCAGCUGCUGAGUAUUUCUGCAGCUUUAUGAUGACUGAACAUUUCAGUGCUGUUGUACAGACACGUCUGCAGAGAACAGCAGGUUCAGUUCCCAGCGCCAGCUCUUUGCAGAACAGACCUGCAUUCCUGUUUUUCAGGUGCUGGGGAGCAUUUCCUGCUGUUAACUGACCUGUAGUGGUACUUCUCCUGAACCUUUGUAUACCAUAAAUUAAAAUGUUUGAAAGAAACAUA